AUGCAAACCGCAAGGAAAAGGAAAAUGGAUAUCCGCUUGAUAUACAUGGAGUGACAUUGGCCACCAUUCAACCAAUCAAUCAUGCACUUCCACGAAUUUUUACGGGCGAUUGGCCCUGAAGUCGAGGAUGUUGAGGAAGAAGCGUUUUCACUAUUCUCCCAGGAAAUCCCUUCACAGAACUUAGGCUUUAUUGAUUCUCGUGCGAGUACCAUCAGCCUCACUAUCCACGGCCGUGAUUUUCAAAUCCGCCAAUCGCCAACUAUCCUCUCCUCAACCCGUUCAGGGGGAACUACGGGCGCGGUUCUAUGGAAAAUCACCCCCUUCGUCGCAGAAUGGCUAUCUUCCAAACAAAAUACCCUCUGGACAUCAUCAAUCCUAAACCAGGACUCUACCGUUGUCGAGCUUGGUUGUGGGAUAUCUGGGGUCAUCGCCCUCACACUCGCCCCAUCUAUUAGCCAUUACAUAGCUACAGACCAAGAAUACGUCCACAAACUACUAAAGGAAAACCUCGAAGCAAACACUAUAGCCAAUGCCAACGCCACCGCCCCCCGCCGUAAUGAUCAGCACCGCCAAUCCCGGCGCGGCCCUCGAAAACCGCCAUCUACCCGUUCUUCAAAUCAACACUCCCCAUCCCCUUCCCGACACCGCCCGGACACCACCAGCACAGGAAACGUAACCUUCACUGCGCUGGACUGGGAGCUUGACUCGCCAUGCACACUCAAACAAGUCAUCAAGCCCUCCUCUACUCAAUCAUCAGAAAAAACGAAAGAAGAAGAAAGCGAUGAAGUAGAAAAAGACCCGGGUUUCGACCUCCUCCUCGCCUGCGACUGCAUCUACAACGACGCCCUAAUCGAUCCUUUCGUGCAAACCUGCGCAGAUAUCUGUCGGCUGCGGCCUGGCUAUACACUACCGCCUCCGUCCCUGCCUGAGGGCGCACCACCACCAACACCGCUCGCGUCGAAAAGGCGGCCAACUGUAUGCGUUAUUGCACAGCAACUGCGGGUGCCGGAUGUGUUUGAGUCGUGGCUGCGCGCGGCGCUGGCGGAGUUUCGGGUGUGGAGGGUUAGCGAUGAGGUUCUUGGGAAAGGGAUGGGGGAGGGCUUGGGAUUGAAGGGUGGGUCGGGGUAUGUUGUUCAUGUGCUUGUGCUGAGGGAGUAGGAAGGGCGUGGUUGGCGUGCAUUAUCCGUGUACACCAACGUGUCUCAGCGUUUGUAUGGAACAUCGUGGGGAAACAGAAAUGAAGUGUAUUAUGAGGAUGAAUGGGCAAUGUAACUUGUCGAUUUGAUUGUGUAAACUUUCUGCUCUGAUAUAUCCAGGGCAUUCGGAAAUUAGCUGUUGACUGUUGCUGUGUUUGUCAUAAUUUGUUCGAUGCUCCUUUAUUCUGUACACCAGCUCCUUUUCACUUCGGGAAUUUAUUUGUUUCUACGACUUGGUAAAAUUAUUCAUCGACCGAUGAUGAAACAUGCCCAUGGUGUGCGAAACAGAAACACCCCCUUGAUUCAAAAUGUAACUGCACCCCAUCCACCGGGUCCCUGAGGCGCAAGAGUUCCGGCCGGGAUUCUCCGCAAUGGUUACACGAAGUAGAAUAUUCCCCCCCCUUGAAACUCCCAAAAAUCACGAGCAUUCGGAAUCUUCCCCCCUCUGGCAGCCACAGGUACGGACAUUAUUACAUUACCCCCUUACCUACUUCUUCCCCAUGAUCCCCUCAAACUUCCACGUCAUCUCAGUCUCAAAAGACCCCUUCCCAAUCUCCAACCAGUCCAAGUUCGCCCACUUCUCCGGUCUCUCCAACGCAUCCACAAAAUGCUUCAUAGCCAACACGGUCUGAGCCGCCCACCGCUCCUUGCUAACAUUCCCCACCCCAACCGCCAACGGAGGCAUUAAGAUCCUAUCAAUCCUCUUCUUUUUAUUCUCCUCCUCCUUCCCCUCCCCUUCCCUACUUCCUUCCUCCCCCUCAACUCCCACAACCCCCUGUUGACCCCGCUUCUCCUCGCCCUCCCUAACCCGCCUAUUCCACCUCUCCACCUCCACCAUCAACGCCCACACACACUUAUACACAACCUCACGAUCCCACACCACAUUCUCCGGCAUGCGCAUCGUCGGACAAAGCGCCACCCACCGACAGCCCCCCAGCGCCCGGCCCGUUUUCACAAUCUCCUCCGGAAACGGCACAAGCGUGCAGGUGCCCGGAGGAGCAUAGCCGCGCCAGUGCUCGUAGAGCGUUUUCUGCGCGGCAUUGGUUAGAGUGUCGUAGUUGUGGUGGGGCAGACAGAAGACGCGGGAAAUGGCGUCGUCGAAGGCACCGUCGAGGCGGCCGUAGGAGUUUGCGGGGGAGACGACGAGGUCGAACGGCUGUGUGGGUGGGACGAACUCGAGGCGGCUCUGGAGGGGGGUUAUUUUUAUUUUUUGAUGGGGUUGUUGGGUUGGUUCUGGUGUGGUGGUGGUGGUGGAAGAGGAGGAGAGGACGAGAGCGGGCCAAUAUUUGCGGAGGGCGUCUUGGAAAGCGGUUAUGUUCACUUGUUCUCUGCAGAGGAGGAUGAUUUCGGGGAGGUCGAUAAACGGGUUCGACGAUGGGGUUGAAGGUGAAGACAUGGUUUUGAAGUUACUUUUGUUUUUUUCUGAGUACGACCUGGCCAGAUGAUAUAUUCUAUAAAAUACUGAAGGGAAUUGAAGGGCUCUGAAAGUUUUAUUUAUAGUUAUCUCUUCCUAAACGAAUAUGUGUUUGUUGUUGUUGCCCUCUGAGGCUGUCCGCAGAAUGAUGUCAGCGGCUGACUCCACUUCCCCGCACAAAUUCGCUCCGCCCCGCUGUCAACCCGAAGGUGCGCGCUAAACAUGCGGAAAACAUCCAAAUAAAGCAAUGAUCCCCCUAAAAUACUUCCUUCUGUGUGCAAGGUCGCUAUCCAUGUGUCUUCUGUGAAGAGAUAUUAUUUAAACUACUCUGCGUGCCUAUGGUAAUAAGAGUACAAUUGCGAUUAGCUGGGAAUUGGGAGUGGUGUAUUACUCCUUGGUUCCUACCGCUCACUAGCACGGUAACAUAUUUUAAUCGCCCUCCUCUUCACUCUCCGCCACCUUUUUCCUUCCUCAGCAACUCUAGUUUAAUAUUGGAUACUAGUCCUGAAGGAAGUUGGCACUUGUCUGACCCUGCUACUGUCAGGGAGGACAUUUCGUGAUCUCGAUGAUGGCAGCAACACAGGUUUCCAUGGCGCUUUUGUACACGGCUAUGCAAAUACGGCACGGGCAGUUAGAGCAUUAGCAUACGUGGGAAAAUUAGAUAAAAUGGUUUCUUUAGGAAGAGCCUGCUCCCGCUGUGCCACGAUCAAGGCGGGGGCUUGUUAUCAAUAUGGGAGGGGAACAAAGAACCUCACAGCCACAUCCCUCGGCUGGACAACAUACUGACAAGUGUCCAUCAUUGCUAGCCCCGUCUGCCUCGCCACCUUUUCAAACCUCCUAAUCCGCCUCCUUAAUUCUCUCCUCCUCUCCUUCUGCUCCGUCCUAGGAGCCCGUGCAACCGCAACAGCCUGAUUCGCCAGUAAGAACCGUUCUCGAUCUGUAAACCCUCUCUCAAACUGGACCUGCACCUCCCGUAACUUCUAAAGAAUGAUAGGAAAAAAGAAAGUUUACAUCAGCUUUUUCCCCCUUCCAAUGAACCUAGGAAAGAAAAAAAAGAAGAAAAGAUUGAAGUGAUAAAAUGGACAAUGAACAUAGAAAGUUGGAAGUACAUAUCAACAUACCCGCUGCCUAUAAUUGGCCCUCGCAAUCUCCCCCAUAAACGCCUCGUAUUCUCGUUUGCGCCUUUGGGCUAGAACCAUGUCAGCAGUCUUGCGUUCGCGUAGGACUUUGUUGCGUUGCACGUAUAGUUCGAUUCGACGCUGGUGGUGUUUUUGGAUGCGCCUAGUUAUGCUGCUCAGAGCGACGGGCGACAUUUUUUUGGGUUCUUCCGCUCGUGUGCGAGAGAAGGUGCAGAGGCAGAUUUUGGAACGGGCUAGCCUCUCGUCUUCCUUUUGCUCCUUUCGGUAUCUGGAUGUUGAGUCUGCCGCUGUUUCGAGGGAUGGGAAUUGAUAUGCUCUGUAUGAAGCGAAGUAUAUGAAGGGGUAGUAGUAUGAAGGGUGGCUGAAAUUGCAAACUAGCAAACUGAGCAGUGAGAUAAAAGGCGUAUGUUCUCGCCUUUUUAUCUUUUAUCCGUUGCUCCUAUCUCCUAAUUGGUUCGAUUCCUAGAGACGAAUUCGUGCAAAUUUAGUGAGUGGAAGGAGUGAAUGGGGCGGGCGCACGUUGCGAAGGGGAAGUGUUGAUGAUAUGAAAAGCUGCGUGCCAACUCGAUGUUUCUCUUUAGAUGAAUUAAGUGAGUUGGGGCCGUUGUAAUAUAUGCAUUCACAGAUGGGGAGAGUGAAUUAGGAAGACUUUGCCUGUGGGAACUGGGUUAACUAUAACUGACUGUGAAAGUGCAGAUGUAUUCUCAGCUGAGUGGGCUAUGAUUUGUUUGUUCACUUUCAGUACGUAGUACUAGAAGCAAAU